AUGACAAGUACGGACUGUCAGGGUGUCAGGUCUUGCUUUCUGUGUGCGCGGACCUUGAUUGUUUUUGGACGGAUUUUCAGGUGUUUUUCGCGAGUGCGGUGCCGAAAAAAUACUAAAAAGGUGCAGUGCGAGUGUUGUGUCGUCGGACUCUCCGGUUUGCGGCGCCGGGGACGUGACUUCGGAGCAGAAAUUCCAGAAAAACCGGACCGCUGCGGAGGCGUCGUUUCGGUGCCGGAAACCCAGGAAAGCCGCAUGCCGCCGCGGAGACGUCGUUUCGGAGCCAUAAUUCCAGCCGCGGAGACGUCGUUUCGGAGCCAUAACUCCAGCGGUGAGGAUGACGAGCUGGACGAUAUGGAGCCGAAAUUCAAGAGAAGCCGGACCGGUGAGUGUUGACCUUUUUACUUGUCUCAAA